AUGAUCAAAAUAUUUAUAUUAUUGGCAUAAUUUCUUGAAUUUUUGUUUUCAGUCUGCUUAUGCACAUUUAUGAAAAUUGGAAGAGAAGAAACUAAAAUGAGUGGAAGAAUUCUAAAGUUUGCUUAUCGAGUUGAAAAAAAUUUACUCUACAACUAUGAAUUUGGACCAAACACUAAAGUAGGUAAUCACUAAUCAUUAGGAUAUAAGAAUUUGCUUAAUUCCAUUUUUGUUGCCAACUAUCUGUAAGAAAAUAAUUAACAUUAAAUCUCCAUUAAGUUUUUAUGAGCUAUUGCUUGCUUUCAUUGAUAUUUUAUCACUUAUUGAUUAAAUCAAUACAACUGAGUCUUAUCAAAGAUAUUGUCUAGUUUAUACAAUAAGAGUUCUAAGAACUAUGAUGAUGCUAUUUGAAUUAGUAUAAGAAAUUACAAAAAUUGCAAUUCUUCAUUAUGAAUAAAUUUUGCAAAAUAGAUUAUUACAAAUGCAAUAAAAAAAAUAAGCCUUAUAAAGCAGUAUAAAUCUAUAAUAAUAGCCAUUAUCAAAUUAAUAAUAAUAACUUCUUGAUGAAAAUUCUGAUUUAGAUGAACAAUCUAAAUUAAUUAACAUACGAAAAUAAUAAUAGCAAUAAAGUUCAAUAAAACGACUAAUUUUUCCCUAAAUGAAGAUCCCUUGUAUCCUAUUGAAUUUAAUUAUUAAUUAAUAGCAAUAUUAUAUCUAAAUCAUAGACCCAUGGAGUUUUGAAAAAUCAUUCUAAAAGAUUGUUAUAAGAGAGUAACUUUUAACAAUGAUCAAACUUAAUUAUUGCUGUUAAAUCUAUUAGACUUUAAAGAAAACUAAAUGCAAUUAAUAAGCACUUCAUAAAUAUAGAGAAUUAAUAGCAGAAUAUUUAUCUUAAUUAGUUUGGAUGAAUUGA